UUUCUGUUUCAACCUCCUUGCCUUUCGCAUCACCGCAUUUAGAUUUGGAGCUUAGUUCAGGGCCCGAUUUCUUGCUCACCACUGCUGGAGCUCAACGCGGGCUUCAUUUGCAUCGGUGAGCUUCGAAUUGGGUUGAUUGGAUUAGGCUUGACAGCACCGGAGAAGUGAAGACUCUGUGCAGAUCGCGUGCUAGGUUGUGUCGCUUGCAUCGGCAGCGAUGGGGUUCACGGCGUGGUGGUAUGCGUGGACCCAUGCGUUGCUGUACAUGUCGCCUUAUACGUACUCUGCCAUUGGAAUUGCGAUCUCAAUUGGGGUGUCCGUCCUCGGAGCCUCAUGGGGAAUUUAUAUCACUGGGAGCAGUCUCAUAGGUGCAUCAAUCAAGGCUCCUCGGAUCACCUCAAAAAACCUAAUUAGUGUAAUUUUCUGCGAAGCGGUGGCUAUCUAUGGAGUGAUUGUAGCCAUCAUACUGCAAACCAAGUUGGAAGCCACAAAACAACCUUUUCACCCCGAUUCCAUGCGCGCUGGCUACUCAUUGUUCGCUUCGGGAAUCAUCGUUGGGUUUGCGAAUCUGUUAUGCGGGCUAUGCGUGGGUAUCAUAGGCAGUAGCUGUGCACUUUCAGAUGCUCAGAACUCCACAUUGUUUGUCAAGAUUCUAGUUAUUGAGAUUUUUGGCAGCGCUCUAGGUUUGUUUGGAGUUAUUGUAGGUAUCAUCAUGUCGUCGCAAGCUACAUGGCCAGCAGCUGUCGUAGCCUGAACCUAUGCAGGUCUUAGAUUAUUAACAUACCUACAAUCUGCAAGCGGCGCAAAAGGCAUGUUAAGCUUGAAAUGAGAAUAGUUUUAAACUCUUCCUUCUGCGAGCAGCCAUUCGUGGAUCAUAAGCCAGAUGUUCCAGCUUGCGUGAAGGUAUUAACUUUGGAAGGCUCAAUUAGUAUGAGAAAAAUAACUCAGAUUCGGUGCUCCCUUGCUUGCAUGUACUUUUAGGUCGAUUUUGAAAGGUUAAAAUAUUGGUUUGAUAUCCUGAGCAGAUGCGUAGUAUCCUCAUUUGAAAGGCAUAUAUCCCUUGUAGGAAGAGUAUCUUGGGGACUAGGUGCUCUUUAAGAAAAAUUCUUGUGGACAUUUUUUGUGUAUGAUGGGUUUCGAGCAUUUUCACAUGCUGUGGACAAGUUACCCAUUCUGCCUGUUUAAAAAUCAUAGAUAAAACAUUCAAUUUCA